GUGAGACGCAGCUCUGAGUCUUAGUCAGACCCGAUGUAGGAGGGGGAUUUCGGGGAACCAGGAAGGUGAUAUAUUUUUCGGUGCUGUAGGCCUAGCAGACGACGUUGUAAAGCGAAAGUAGAUCUUUUGUGAAAAGAGAGCAAAAAAAGGUGACGAGGAAAUGAAAUAAACUUCCGGUUUACAUCGUCUGCAUGUGACCAGAACGGAUUAAUUUUUGCAUGCUGAAAUCCAUGGAGCAAGAAAUUGAUCCAAUAAAAUUCAGCAUCAGAGAUGUUAAUGAGGACAAGUUCAUCACUAUUUCGGGAAUAAACCGGUACUUUCUGAUUGGUCUGAACACAGAAGGAAACAUCUGCAGCGAGGAUGUGAGCAGUGAGGGUACGGGGGAAGUGUGUGUGCCCCUUGUGAGACUGUGUAUCAGUAACACUGGGGGACUCACCAUGGCCCCAGGAAACAAGGAUCUGCCCUGUUACAUCCAGGGUGAGGUACUGCAGUCUGAGGUCAACGUCAUCAGUGGUACUUCAGUGGAUGUUGCUGACAAAUACUUGGAAAUUUGUGCCGGAGAGUUUAAAAAGCCAAGGAGAAAAUUACCUAAAACUCCUGGCAUGGCGACUGUAUCCAAACCACCACCAAAACCAAAACGAGUUUUACAGACUCUGUCAAUUACUGAACCUGAAGUGGAGGUGAAAGAAAAGGACCAUUAUCUACAGGGCAACUGGGAGGUCAUCCAACGGCCUGAUGUCAACUCCGAAAUCCUCGCCAAUCUCAACAGUCCAGCAGAGCUGGGUAUUAUGGCAGCCAGUUUCCUUACCAAGCAAAUUCAGCAGUACACAGAUGUCAGACUAAGUAUUGAAACCACAGACGCCAUCUUCAGGUUUUUGCAGGAGGUAGCACAUUACCAAAAAGGAUUACUGAUGGCAUAUUUAACAGAGACAUCAGAAAAACUGGAGGAGAUGCCUGAAUCAGAGAGGGAUCGUCCAAUGCAUAGACCAGCGGUCAAACUCCUCGUGGAAUUGUUGAGACAGAUUUUGGAUCCUUUGAGCCAUGUAGUGCUGUGUGUGCAGUUACUAAGGACAUUUAGCCACUUUCCUAGCAACCUGACAACCAUGAUCCAAUGCCAGGCUUUUGCUGCUAUCCUGGGCACCAUGGCAGUAUACUUGAAGGACAAACAAAUUCAGGAGUAUGGCUUAGACAUCCUGGCCCACGUCGCCACCUAUAGACCCAACAUACGUCAUAAGCUGCCCCUGAGAGAAACAGGUCUUGAGAUGAUCCUGCGAUCAAUGAACCAUCACCAGACUGACGAAAACAUCACACUGUCAGGCUGUCGUACCCUGGCCAAUCUCACUUCUACACUUCAGGAGAUGCUUGACAACCUACUGGACUUAGAUUCCACUCCAGACAUAAAUGAGGCAGUUGAGAAGUAUGAGAAACUCCUGUGUCACCUGUUUGAGCAUGCCAUACAGGUCAUACAGAGGUCACUCCAAAACUUCCCCGACAACAUAACAAUCAAAACAGAUGGACGCAGAUUUCUCUUCAAUUACUCCAAGAUGACUCAGAUCACGUUAAAGAAGAAGGUGUGGGUUCAGCAUCGUGAUACAUCGCCUGAGGUUGACUCUGAUGGAGAGCUGACGGAGGACACAGCCUCUCCUGUCAGUGUACAGGACCUCACCACACCCACGACCUUCCUCCAGGUCAAGUCUGAUGACAACAACACCAAGGGCAUACUCAAACACACAGUUGAAGGGGGCGAUUUAACUGGUCCCGAGAAAAAGGUCCGUUUUCCAGAUGAAGAUUCUGAGGAUUCUUUGGCUUCAGAAUCAUCAACUGAUGAGGAAGAAGAUAAUGAUGAUGAGGAUGACUGUGCUAUCGGUGGCGACGCUGUUAGACAAAAACUAAGAAAAAAAGUAAGUCGAGUGGACGUUUGUUAUGGGGAUGAACCAAUAUUGGUUGUGCAGAAGACAGAGUUACUGAGUCCAGAAUAUUUCUCCACUGCUACAGAUAAAGACGUUGACGGUGUAAACAGUAAUGGUGAAAAUGAUAUACUGGAUGAUAGUGAUGACGUCUUUGAGACAUGUGAUAAACCAAACUCUGAAUCUAGUCAUGAUGGACGACGAAGUGGUGUAGAUCUGACAGAGAGGUCUGAUGAUGAGCCUACUGGGCCAGUCCUAGUGGUGAACAGUACCUCUGGUAGUGGCCCUGGGACAUUGACAAGUGAUGCUACAGAGGCGGGGAAGGAAGACCCUGGGAGUACUGAGUGUCCCAUCGAUGCAAGGGCCACAGACGAGGAGGUUGGGGAUGUCUCACAAUCACUGGUCAAGGCAGCAAGUCCAUCACCAUCCCAUCAAGUCACCGGGCUGUCCUACAGUGUAGCAGAUAGCCCAUUCCUCAUUAAAGUCAUAUACUUGUCCAUCGUGAAUUACCUGAGUGGUCUGGUGUUGGGAGAUCGUGAUUCCUUUGCCCUGGAUAUUCUGGACCACCCACUGCGAUUCCUCACAGAGAAAAGCGGUGCCUUACCAGAGAUACUCGACUUUGUGAAUAAACAGUUUGAAAAAAGUAAAACUCUGAUGGAUGUGGACCCUACUUUCCUCAUCAGCCUUAUAGACUGCAUCAGAUACAAGUCUCUGUUGUUCGACCUGUAUAAGAAGAGCAUGCUGGAGGUUUGCAGUGAUCUGACUGAGACCCAUUCACCAAAGGUCACAUCCUGGGCAUUAGCCACACUUGUCUUGGUUGUGAAAGAUACAAAAACCUUCUCUAUGUUGACAGAUCCAUCCUUCAGCAGUCAGAUCUAUACAGUCCUAACUGCAGCCAAGUCUAAACUUCAACAUUUUCCAGAAAUUGCCCAACUACAAUCGAUUGUCCAACCGUCGAAUAGUUAGAGAAAAUUUUGCCCGAUCUUGUGUUGUGACCCCUUUGUACACAUCGAAGAAUCGUACUCUUUGAGAUUCAUAUUUGUGAUGAGUUAGACUUUCAUGUUUAGGUAUUGCUUUAGUCAUUUUUGUUCAACCCCAGUGUUGUUUUCAUUCAGUGGAUAAAUAAGCAACGUCCAUACUUCACCUUGUCCUUACCUGGUCUGUUGUGGAUCUGAUCAUUUAAAAUUGGUCCAACUCAGCUUUUUCAAUUAUGAGAUUACUCUGUAUAAUGUUUUUUCUAACUGAAUUACUUUUAUAAAUGCUAUUUCUGCUUCUUCUAACAUGAAACAGCCUUCCUGAUUGCCAAGUAUGAUUAGGUCAAGAAAAUCCCUCCUGAAAUCAAACAUUUAAUUACAAUAAAUCUUUACAAAGAUUUUAGUCUCAUUAGGGCUACAUGCGCGUUUCCCAGUUGAAAUGGUACGUGUGGCGCUGAAGUAUUCCACAUAAUUCCAUAAAAAACAAUGUAUCAAGAAUAUUAUAUCCUUCUCUCAUGCGUCCACUAAAUUAUUUGUUUUAGAAAGAAAUAACGCAAACUAGCAAUAGUCAGCAUUUUAGUCUCGG